AUGUGCCUGCUGGUGUUUCCCGAUCCUUUUCAGCACGGCCUUCCGGGGAAAGUCGUAGCGUCGGCUCCGAGAGGCGUGGCCGGGAAGUCGGAGCGGGGCCAGGAAGACGCCGUGCUCUCUACCAUCGCUGGGUGGUCAACAAGCGCGGGCCUGGCGGAGCGUGGCGGCGCGCGGAGACCGCGAGGCGACCGGGAGAGGCAGGGCCCCCAGCAGCGCGCCCCUCGGCUAGGCCGGGAGCCGCGCCAGUCGGAGCCCCCGGCCGACCGCGGCCCGCCUGCCUCUCAGCGUCCAUCCGUUCGUAGUGCAGCCAGCGGGCAUGACCGACCCACCAGGGGCGCCGCCACCGGCGCUCGCAGGCCGCGGGUGAAGAAGAAAGUCCGGCCCCGCUCGGCCUGGAGCGAGGAGGUGGUUCGGAGCGAGGAGGUGGCCCAGAGCGAGAAGGUGGCCCGGAGCGAGGAGAUGACUCGGAGCGAGGAGGAGACCGGGGAGGAAAUGGCGGCAGCCGGGCUCACCCUGACAGUCACCCACAGCAAUGAGAAGCACGACCUUCAUGUUACCCCCCAGCAGGGUAGCAGUGAACCAAUUGUCCAAGACCUGGCCCAGGUUGUUGAAGAGGCCACAGGGGUUCCACUGCCUUUUCAGAAACUCAUAUUUAAAGGAAAAUCUCUGAAGGAAAUGGAGACACCAUUGUCAGCACUUGGAAUACAAAAUGGUUGCCGGGUCAUGUUAAUUGGGAAAAAGAACAGUCCAGAGGAAGAGGCUGAACUAAAGAAAUUGAAACAUUUGGAGAAGUCUGUGGAGAAGAUAGCUGACCAACUAGAAGAGUUGAAUAAAGAGUUUGCUGGAAUCCAGCAGGGUUUUCUGGCCAAGGAUUUGCAAGCUGAAGCUCUCUGCAAACUUGAUAGGAGAGUAAAAGCCACAAUAGAGCAGUUUAUGAAGAUCUUGGAGGAGAUUGACACACUAAUCCUGCCAGAAAAUUUCAAAGACAGCAGACUGAAAAGGAAAGGUUUGGUGAAAAAGGUUCAGGCAUUCCUAGCUGAGUGUGACACAGUGGAGCAGAACAUCUGCCAGGAGACCGAGCGGCUACAGUCUGCAAACUUGGCCUUGGCCAAGUGAGGUGCAGCAGAGAAAGGCUAUGCUGCCCUGAAGAAUAGCACUACCAGCUCUGCCCUCUCUGGAAGAAAGGUUUCCUGAUUUCUCCAGGGCUGCCAGGGGACUCCUACACCGGUUCUCAAUGAAAAUGUAUUGUCUUUGUGAUCUUAAGUAGAGCACCUGUCUGUUUUCUCA